AUGGUGGCCAAAGCAGCGGCAGCACGGGUCGUGCCGCCACCUUCCAGGCACGCCAAAGCAGCGGCAGCACAGGAGGAGCACAAAGCACCGGCACCACAGCAGGAGCCCACCACACAGGCCAAAGCAGCGGCAGCACAGGAGGAGCCCAAAGCACGGGACCGCCGCCCAAGCUCCAGCCACAAGAACCAAUCCACCCACCACCCGGAUGGCAGGAACGACAAACAGCGCCAAAGCGCGCCCAACCAGCACCAGCCGCUGCUGCUCCACCCAGUGGCCCGGAGCGGCGGGUGGUACUCCAAAGAAACCCAGAUGGCCCAGUACUUGGCUGAGCACUCCAUGGUGGUGGAGGAGCACGGCCAUGUCCAAAGCUGUGAGCUGCCAGAAGCCAUCAAGGACAGCAUCCAGGAGGCAGUCGAGCAGCUCCAGAGCAACGAAGCUUCCCACAUGAAGCUAUCCUGCAGUGGCCAACGAGUUGUUCAUGUUCCAGCCUACCUCACCCAGCAGGAUUGGUCGUCUGUGGAAGCCGCCACAUCGAAAGACGAUCAGAUGUCCAUCAUUGCCAAGCGGCUCAGGGCCAUGGGGCUUACAUCCCUCAAAGAAAACACCACCCAUCAGGUGUUGGCCACUCUGUUGUAUGUGCAGCACAGCCAAGGGAAGCCGGAGAUGCACCCCAGAGCUGUGCAUGCCAUGGUGGAGGAUUUCUCUGCCAUCUUCCAUGGCACACCCAAGAUUGAGGGUGUGCUGGGUUUGGCAGUAUAUGCGGAGUAUCCGCAACAGAAUGGCCAAGCAUGGUUGAGCCAAGCCUAUACCGAGGGCACCACCCCAGAUGACAGUAUGGCAGAAGCUGCCCGUCUGCUGACCCAGCUGGCGGAGCGAUGGAAUACUCCAAAGCCAGAGCCACAAGUCACCUUGUUGCAUCCUCGUCAGGACCGGCUGGCGCUGCAGAACCUGCCAACACCGCAGCAGCAACCACUGCAGCAGCCAUCGCCGCUGCUACAGCAGCAGGAACAAGCAGUGCAGCAGCAGGCACUGCAGCUGCAGCAAGCACCACUGCAGCAAGCACCACUGCAGCAGGAGCCGUCCUUGCAGCAGAAACAAGCACCACUGCAGCCAGCGGCACUGCAGCAGCCAGCGGCCCCGACUUCCGCUACGGCCCAGCCAGGCAGCCAAGCAGCAGCGCAGCCUUUGCUCGCCACAAGUCCAGAAGUGUCUACGGAGAAGCCAAGUUCCCAGCCAAAGACCUUGGAGGACUUUGAGGCCCAGACAUUCCUGGAAAUCAAGAAGAAGAAGCGCCACGCCAAAGCCAAGGGCGAGCCAAAGGCAAAAGCCAAAGCGAAGGCCAAGGCCAAGGCCAAGGCCAAGGCCAAGGCCACUGCCAAGCCUCAGGAGACUCCCAAGGCAACAGCGACCGCCAAGGCCAAGCCGGUGCCCAAGGUCACGGCCCAGACAACUCCGCCGCACAAGCGGAAGCCACCCGUGUAUGGGUGCCCCAAGUGCCGAGGCAACCCUAACGGGUGCGGGCAAUGUCUGGAUCCCAAUUACCAAGGCUUCAGACUUCCAGGCCGUGAGGCCUAUAGGGCCCAUAUGGCCCGGCGAGCCAUGAUGGCCCAGUGA